AGAAGGGGUAGCUACCACAGCCGCGUCCGGGAAGGCAGGGAGAUACGGUCAAACUGGGAGAAGGCAGGGAGAUACGGUCAAGUCGUGUCGGCGAAGGCAGGGAGAGACGAAGGCAGCCAGAAACGAACGGUUCAAGCUGCGUCUGGGAAGCGAAGGCAGCCAUAGACGAACCUUUCAAGUGGGGAGACGAAGAAACCAGGGAAACGAGGACCAGAGAAAUGAAAGUCUGACAUCUUCAUCUCUAAUUUCAUGGCCGCUACUCAAUCGAAGGAAGAAGCGAAAGCAAAAGGAGAAAGAGCUUUUUAAAAACAGGUUGAGUAAGAAAGCCAAAUGCCCUGCGCCAAUAUAUGAGAAGGAUGAUAAACAUAAGUUGAAUAAAAAAGAGGGUGGUUCAAAGAUGAUUGAUAACAAAAUGAAGCACUCCACCUCAACUUCUAAACAGCCUGAGAGUAACACUCUUAAUGGUGCGGUUCCAAUGAUUCCUCGACAACUUUUUAUGUUUCCCUCGGUACCUGAAUUUUCAUUGAAUUUUAUGAGACACAACCAAGGGGUGCCAAUUGUACCUGGAUAUGCUCAGUUCCCCUCAUAUGCUCAACUUCCUCCUGGAUAUGGCCAAUUCUCUUCUUAUGCUCAACUUCCACAUUCAGUAGCUACACCACAACCUACUCAGAAUUUUAAUGGUGGGCAUUGGAAUAAUUUGGUUCAUCCAACUAAUUAUGGGAGUUAAAAUGGUGAUAGUGAGCAGGAUGUGGAACAGUUGGAAGACACUACGAAAUUAGUUGGGGUUUCUUUUCCUUUGAAUUUAAAUUGUCAAAGAUGUAUAAUAUUUUCCAUUAUUUUGAUGCAUAUACAACAAAAGUUGUAUUAGAUUUUGUAUAAGUGGCAUUGGACUUUGAUCAGGUGGAUUUGGAAUUUAACGCUACAAUCAAGAAACGAGAGAGUUG